AUGACCGAUCCGGUGGUUUUGCAGUCUGCAGUGCGAGUCCCAACUCCUCCUCCAGGAGUAUUAUACUCGCCGCAACCAUCAAGCGCGCGAAAACGUUCUCCUCCCUCUCGUUCACCGUCACCCAACCGUCGCAAAUCGCCUCCUUGGAGUCACUCGAAAGAUGCGACAGAUAUGCCUCAUGUUGACCCCGAACGUGCGAUGGAGAGGGAGCGACAGCUUACAGAGAGAUUGCAACAACGGGACGCUCGAGAUGCGGCACGAAAACCGAUGACCGAAGAGGAAAAACAAGCAGCAGCUAAGGCUGAAUAUGACAAGCUACUUAAUAUGCGAUCAGGAGGAACAUAUAUUCCACCAGCCCGCUUACGCGCCUUGCAAGCCCAAAUUACGGACAAGUCUAGCAAGGAAUAUCAAAGGAUGGCCUGGGAGGCUUUGAAAAAGUCUAUCAACGGUCUAAUCAACAAAGUGAACGUGUCGAACAUCAAACACAUUGUACCCGAGCUAUUUGGUGAAAAUCUUAUUCGCGGUCGAGGCCUGUUUUGUCGAAGCAUCAUGAAAGCCCAAGCCGCCUCACUGCCAUUCACGCCCAUCUACGCAGCUAUGGCCGCUAUUGUCAACACGAAGCUGCCUCAGGUUGGAGAAUUGUUGCUCGGACGAUUGAUUGUUCAGUUUCGUAAAGCGUUCAAGAGAAACGACAAAGCCGUUUGCAUUUCUUCCACUACAUUCAUUGCACACUUAUGUAACCAACAGGUUGUACACGAGAUGCUCGCGGCCCAGAUACUGUUGCUUCUACUCCACAAGCCCACAGAUGAUAGCGUUGAGAUUGCAGUUGGUUUAACCCGGGAAGUCGGACAACAUUUGGAGGAGAUGAGCGGGCCCAUAGCCUUAGCCGUGUUCGAUCAGUUCAGAAAUAUCCUACAUGAAGCGGACAUUGAUAAGCGAGUUCAAUAUAUGAUUGAGGUCCUCUUUCAGGUCAGAAAAGAUCGUUUCAAGGACAACCCGGCAAUUCGGGAGGAACUCGACCUGGUUGAGGAAGAAGAUCAAAUCACUCAUCGGAUAGGGCUGGAUGAUGAGAUCGACACGCAGGAUGGACUCAACGUCUUCAAAUUCGACCCCGAGUGGCAAGAGCAUGAAGAUGCUUAUAAGAAGCUAAGGGCAGAGAUUUUGGGCGAAGGCAGCGAUUAUGAAAGUGGCGACGAGUCAGAUGAGAGUUCCGAAGACGAAGAAGCUGAGGAGGAAAAUCAAAUGGAAAUUCAAGACCAAAGCAAUGCCGAUCUUGUCAACCUGCGACGUACAAUCUAUUUGACUAUCAUGUCAAGCGUGGAUUUCGAAGAAUGCUGUCACAAAUUGAUGAAGAUCACUCUACCUCCAGGAAAGGAGCCGGAAUUGCCGUCGAUGAUUAUUGAAUGUUGUUCUCAAGAGCGCACAUACUCAAAAUUCUACGGAUUGAUCGGAGAGCGAUUUGCCAAACUGAAUCGGUUGUGGUCGGAUCUCUUUGAAGAGUCGUUUGCCAAAUAUUACGAGACCAUUCAUCGCUACGAAACGAACAGACUCCGCAACAUUGCUCGUUUCUUUGGCCACAUUCUCAGCAACGACGCUAUAGGCUGGCAUGUGCUUUCUUUAAUUCAUCUGAAUGAGGAAGAAACCACCUCUAGCAGCCGUAUUUUCAUCAAAAUUCUUUUCCAAGAUCUUGCCGAGCACAUGGGGAUGGCGAAACUCAAGGAACGCCUGACCGAUCCUAUACUUCGACCUAGCUUCGACGGCCUUUUCCCAUUGGAUAACCCACGCAAUACUCGCUUCUCCAUUAACUACUUUACAAGUAUCGGUAUGGGUGCGCUCACGGAGGAGAUGCGUGAAAAUCUCAAGAAUCUUCCAAAACCUACCAUGCCAGCUUUGCCUGCAGCAACACGGAAUGAUGAGUCAGACAGGGAAUCAGAUCAUCUCGGUCAUACUCACGGUCCCCUUCACCGCGACCACGACGUGACCGCGCAGUCAGCCGAGGACGUUCAUAUACAAGGUCUCGGUCUCGAUCUCGAUCUCUCGCUCGGUCACCUGUCCGAGAUGACAGAGCGCGUAACCGACGUCGAUCCAAUACAUCUUCGGUUUCGCGGUCUCGGUCUAUAUCGUAUUCUAGAUCACCAUCACCUCCUUCGCGUGCACGCGGUAGGCGACAGAGAUCGAAUACGAGCUCGAUAUCUCGCUCCCCACCUCGUCGCGGCGGUGGUCGAGUUGUUGCUCGACGACGGUCAUAUAGUCGUUCCCCGUCCAGAUCUCGGACUCGUUCUCGUUCUCGCUCUUAUUCUGCCACUCCUCCACCACGAACUAGCCGGCGUUAAUUUUAUCGAUACUGUAGGAUACUGCAUAUACACAUUGGGUUCGUUUGAUUCAUGGGUGUUUUAA